GCUUGCACCGCCUCCCCUCCCCCAGUGCCAGCUCCAUUGUGGCCCGAGCAGAAGAGAGCCCGACCCUCGCCUUCUCCCGUGCUCCGCUCAGGUGUGCAGCGGCUGCGAGCGCGGGGACUUUGUGGAUCGGUGGCAGGCCCCUCGUAGCUCGUCAAGGGAGCCCGAGAUGGCCUGGAACAGAGCUGCGGAACACAGGGAGUGACUGCAGUUAAGCAAAGGAACAAGCAAGUCAGCAUACGGGCAAAAGGUAGAAACAUCAGCACCUUGAUACAGAAGGAAGCUGCCUACAAUGUCUCCAAAGAGAGCUAAAGGAACUGUUCCUCAGGCUCUCGCCCUAAGGAGGACCUUCAAGAGUAAGGCUGGAGGGCAGUUGCCAAGUUUUGCAGAGGAGAGAGUAAACAAAAAUAAACCCACACAUUGUGGGAGCAAGCGCAAAAACACCGCUGUCCCCCUGAAGACUUACACAGGAGAGAAGCCCAACGUCUGCAUCGAGUGCGGAAAGAGCUUCUCGCAGCGCUCAGAUCUGCUCAGCCACCGAAGAGUCCACAAGGGAGAGAAGCCCUACCGGUGCCUUGACUGUGGGAAAAGCUUCUGGAGGAACUGGGAUCUUAGUCGACACCAGCAAAAACACCUGGAAGAGCGCACCUGCGUUUGCGCAGACUGUGGGGAGAGCUUUGCUGACCCAUCAGCUUUAGCCCAGCACCAGAGAGCCUACAUGGAGGACAAACCCUGCCAGUGCAUUGACUGUGGGAAAACAUUCAGUCGCAGCUCUCACCUGAAGCAUCAACCGAGGGCCCCGCUGGAAAAGCCACAGGGGAAGAGCAGCCAGCGUGAUAAGCCUAGCAAUGUUUUCAGGACCACUAGGAAACACAAAGGGACAAAAGUCUCCAAAAGACGGGCUUCCUCUGCCUUGGAGAUCCCCAACACCUGCAAGGAAUGCUGGCAGACUUUCAGCCAGAACUCAGAUCUGGUCAAGCACAUGCGCAUCCACACUGGGGAGAAACCCUAUGCGUGCAACUACUGUGGGAAAUGCUUCAACGUCAGCUCCAACCUGAUCAGGCACAAGAGAAUCCACACAGGGGAGAAGCCCUACACCUGUUCCGACUGCGGGAAAAGCUUCACCGACAAAUCCACCCUCACCCAGCACAACCGCAUCCACACGGGGGAGAAACCCUACACGUGCACUUACUGUGGGAAAAGCUUCAGCCGCAGCUCCCAUCACAAGAGACACCAGCGAACCCACACAGGGGACAGCUCCCUCUCCUUCCUUCCCCUGUGGCCUUACCCAACUCAGGCGUGUUAAUGGAAGCAGAUGGGAUGAAAGGGGUGCUGGGAAAGGAUACUGGGGGAGAAAGUGCUGGGGAACAGUGGCUGGAGAGAGGGAGGGAGCUUCAUAACUGGGUCGAUGAGGUGCAGAUUGCUUCCUAAGUAGGGUGGGGGGGGAGGAAAUUUACUCAAUGGUUAAGUGGGAGAAUAACAAGUAGGUUAGUUUAGUACCUGACCUGGAUGGCAUAGGCUAGUCCAGUCUUGUCAAAACUCAGAAGCUAAGCAGGGUCGGCCCUAAUUAGUAUUUGGAUGGGAGACCAACAAGCAAGCCCAGAGUCACUGUGUGGAGGCAGGCAGGGGCAAACCACCUCUGUUUGUCUCAUGCCUUGAAAACCUUGCAGGGACACCAGAAGUCGGCUGCAACUUGAAGGCACUUUCCACCACCACCAGGUUAGUUAGAUUCAUGUCCAGGAGACCUUCGAGAGCAACAAGAGUUUCUGGGUAUAAACUUUUGAGAGUCAAAGCUCCAUUAGUUAGACACAAGUAGAAAUGGCAGCAGGGGUAUGCAAGCACUCAUUACUUUUUGUGUUAUGGCUUUGUGUGGCAGGAGCUAUGUAUACUCCAGUUCCUAGUGAUAGCUGCAUACAGAUUGCCAGAAACAGCAAAACAAGACAUCUCACUGAACAGUUUCAACCCGUUUCACAGCAAACUUCACCAGUGUGUGCUCAAUGCAGGAUCAGCCAAGAGCAUCCCUGACCAGUGUUUGUCCAGCCACUGUUUAAAAAGUGAGGGGGAGCUCACCACCUCCCCAGGAAGCCGAUUCCACUUUUAAACAACUCUUACUGUAAAAGUUCUUCCUAAUAUCCAGCUGGUACCUUUCUACCCUUAAUUUAAGCCCAUUGUGAGUCCUCUUCUCUGCUGCCAGUGGGAACAGCUCCCUUCCCUCCUCUAAGGGACAGCCCUUCAAAUACUUAAGAGAGCAAUCAUGGUCCCCCUCAGCCUCCUCUUCUCCAGACUGAACAUUCCCAAGUCCCUCGGCUUUUCCUUGUAGGGCUUGAACUCCAGGUUUCCAACUUCACAUGUGUAAUCCAGUAAGGCCAUUUCUGUGAAAAAACAAAAGCACCAUCCUGGGGGAAGUAUCAGCUGAUGAUGACUCAAGCAAAUGAGCUGCAGAGGAAAAACAAAAUGGCCUCCGAGUGACUAUAUGAUGUGUUCAGGAAUUAAAAUCUACACCUUGUGUACCAAGACAGAAGAGACCUGCUAGCAAGUAGAACUGGACACUGAAUCCCUUGCUCUUGUAGAUGAGGCACUUCCUACAUUGUUUCACACAAUAUUUAAACAAGCCCUUACUUUGUUAUCCUUGGAACAGGGGGAGGUAUCCAUCCUCCACCCCAGAUCUGAUCAAAUCACAAAGCUGCAUGUGGAAGAGAUGUGAUUUCACUCUGAGCUUGAGGGAGUUUUUGAUUUCACCAGGACAUUCAGUGCACCAAAGGUGAACGAGAAAACAUAUUCCUGCAUGUGUGCAUCUCUUUGGCUGAUGGAUGACUUUCCUAAGAACGAGGUGUUCAGUCACGACAAGAUAGGUCCAGUUGGCUUUAUGGCUGUGAUUGUGCUACCAAAUUUAAACUGAAUUUGGAUUUCAGCUUUUCACAACCCUGUGCCGUGUUUUUUCACAUUCCUGAGACUCUGAGUUUUUAAAUUUAAAAGGUUCUGGCCUUCAAGGCGGGGUUUUGUGCUGUUUUGUGAAGAAAUGUAAAGGCACUUGGAAGCUAAGCAGGGGAUGCUCAAGAAAACUGCUAACACUAGAAAAGCUCCCCUUGCCAAAUCUGAGUGGCAUAUGCAGCCCAGAAUACUUCCCAUAAUUCUUUGCAGAACAAUGGGGGCCCAGAUAUGUUAAAGACAUCAAAGUGGUGAAAGUUCCCAUAAGCUAAAAAUGGUAUAAAAUC